GUGACAGCACGCAGUCUGCGGCUCGGGCUGUCAAAUGUGAACACAGAUAUGCAACCACAAACGUAACCAGAGGUUAAAUCAGCACAAGAGGAUAUCAAUCCGCGCAUGCCCUGCGUUGCGUUAUGGCCUGGACUCUUAGUGCGCAUUAGAAUAACCGACUACAUGUGGCUGUAAUAUGCUUUUGGAAAGAUUCGGCGCGGACGCAUUGACGUCACUGGCAUCAAGGUAUUAAGAGAGGAGAGAAAAUAAGGAGGAGAAAUAAACAUCGGACAGCAUCCAGUAUAAAUAUACCAGAUCAGAGAGCUCCUUAUCAGCUUCAGGAUAAAACGCAGUUCUAAAAUGGCAACCUCCUCUCCCAAUCUUGAAGAAGAUGAGAGUCUAAGGGGCUGUGAAGUUUUUGUGCAGAAACACAACAUUCAACAGAUUCUCAAAGAGUGCAUCGUCAACUUGUGCAUCGCCAAACCCGAGCGUCCUAUGAAGUUCUUACGGGAGCACUUUGAAAAGCUGGAGAAGGAAGAGAGCAAGCAAAUCUUGGCAAGACAGAAAUCUAACUCUCAAUCAGAUUCUCAUGAUGAUGAAGUUUCUCCUCCUCCUCCAAACCCUGUGGUGAAGGCCCGGCGCAGGAGAGGGGGAGUCAGCGCAGAAGUCUACACAGAGGAAGAUGCAUUCAGCUAUGUUAGGAAGGUCAUACCAAAGGACUACAAGACAAUGACAGCCUUGGCUAAGGCCAUUUCUAAGAAUGUGCUGUUUGUCCAUUUGGAUGACAAUGAGAGAAGUGACAUAUUUGAUGCCAUGUUCCCUGUCACACACAUUGCUGGGGAAACAGUCAUUCAACAAGGUGAUGAAGGGGACAACUUUUACGUAAUUGACCAAGGAGAAGUUGAUGUAUAUGUGAACGGUGAGUGGGUGACAAGUAUUGGAGAGGGUGGCAGUUUUGGGGAGCUUGCUCUUAUAUAUGGAACUCCACGUGCUGCCACUGUUAAAGCCAAGACCGAUCUCAAGCUCUGGGGAAUUGACCGUGACAGCUACCGCCGCAUUCUUAUGGGCAGUACACUGAGAAAGAGGAAGAUGUAUGAAGAGUUCCUGAGUAAGGUUUCAAUACUGGAAUCGCUGGAGAAGUGGGAAAGGUUGACAGUAGCUGAUGCUUUAGAGCCUGUACAGUUUGAUGAUGGUGAAAAAAUUGUAGUGCAAGGAGAAGCAGGAGAUGACUUCUACAUCAUCACAGAGGGGACUGCAUCUGUCCUGCAGCGCAGGUCUGACAAUGAGGAGUAUAUAGAGGUGGGCCGCCUUGGACCCUCUGACUACUUUGGUGAAAUAGCGCUGCUGUUGAACAGGCCACGUGCAGCCACUGUGGUGGCCAGAGGCCCACUGAAAUGUGUAAAGCUGGACAGGCCACGUUUUGAGCGCGUUCUAGGGCCCUGCUCUGAAAUCUUGAAGAGAAAUAUCCAGAGAUACAACAGCUUUAUCUCCCUUACUGUCUGAACCACUAAAAAUAUGAAAGGCUUGAAAUACUUCAGAUUUUUUAGAUUUUAGAUUUAUUUAAAAGGAUUCUGUUUGAUUCUGUUGGAGUUUCUGUGUGAUUCUUCUAUGUAACCCAGCUACUUUAUUGUUUUUCUUAUUUUUAAAUACUUGCUUUAUGUGAUAAAAAUGUGGCAUGGAUUAUGGAGUGUACGCUCUAGGCCUUAUUCAGCAUCUUGUUGGUGCAGUCUUUCCUCCUGCUACUGUAUCUUGUUUCUUUUAUUUACUUCUACUGUUGCCAUCGUGGAGGAAUAUUUAUUCAUUUUUAGGUUUCAAAAGGUGAAUCAGAGAGGUUGUAUAAAUGUUACAGUAUAUUUUGGUGCAUGCGAUUACAGUGAACUGAACAAAGUGAAACAGAGCAAGUCCGAGACAGAUAUUUGGUUUAAUUGUCUAUUGCCUUUUUGCUUUAUAUGGUGUGUCACUUAAUUGGUAUAUGUGUAUUUCUAAAGGGAAACCUACAGUCAUGUGUUAAAGUGAGUGCCGCUCUUUUAAUUCUGUGUGUGUGUGUGUGUAAAAACUUUUUUUUUUAAACCUACUGUAAAACCGAAUCUAAAACUUGAAGUGAAGCCAAAGGAAAUAUUAAGUAUCCCCUUACUGCAGCCAGGUCCUGCUAAACAGCAGCUCUGAAUUAAUUAAUCAUCAGCAGGUGUACAAACCCUUAUUAAAGCAAAAGUUUUGACAGUUGCUGGUUUGGAGCAUUCAGGUGCCUGUUGACACGAUGCCAACAUGGAAAGACAUAAGCGAUCAUCUUGGAUUUAUUAUGUCUUUUCCAUCAAUAUUGGAUGUUAAAGUUCAACAUUCUAAAAAGGGGGCACUAACUUUUAAACAUGACUGUAUGCUAUUCAGUAUUACUAUUUUACUAGGGACAUUCCUUAUAACUAGGGGAUCUAUGUGCUUAUAAAUCUCAUAAACCUCUCCUACAAUACAGUGCCAAUUGGCAGAAAUAUGAAAAUUUGCUUUUGUAGAGUGUACUUUUCUUUGUAGGCUGUUUUUUUUUUUUUAUUCUAAACAGUCCCUGCAAAAAAUGUUCUAUACAAUUUUGCCUAUAUAAUUUUAAGAAAGUUUAAAGAAUUCUAUAGACAUGCAUUAGAACUGUGUAGAACUUCUGCUAUAACAUUGUGAGUUCUUUCACACUCAUUCUAUUGCAAGCUGUGUUGUUUUACAUGUUCUUUGUCGUUAUCACAUGAUUUUGUUAACAAGGUUUGCAAACCAGGUUUGCUCUGAUCAUUUUGAAAAAAAAAAAAAAAAAAACAAGGUUGUGCUUGUAAAGAUGUCAGUGCUACUGUACCUCAGUGCUAAGGUGUUCGACUACUGAAAUUCCCAGACUCAAACCCCAGCUCCAAGCUGGUACCGUUGGGCACUUGAGCAAAGCCAGUAGCCCUAAACCACUGCCAGGGGUAGCUCAGUCGAUAAGGCAUUGGACUACGGUUUGGAAAGUCCCAGGUUCAAACCCCACAACCACCAAGUUGCCCCUGUUGGGCCCCUGAGCAAGGCCCUUAACCCUCAACUGCUCAGAUGUAUAAUGAGAUAAAAAAUGUAAGUCGCUCUGGAUAAAAGCGUCUGCCAAAUGCCUAAAUGUAAAUGUAAACCACUCUAAUAUGUAAUGAGAUAAACUUGUUAGUUUAAACUUGCCCUGGAUAAAAGCAUCUGGCUAAUGCCCUUAAUGUAAGGACAAAGCACAUCAUACCCAGGACUGUCUAAUUUAAUUAUGUCACAAGUAAUUUCACUGUUAGUAAUCCUUCCAGUCUCAUUAAUGGAAAAGAUUCUAUAGACCAUUUUUUGCAGGGGUCUACUUGCUCUAACAUGAUGUUUCAUGAAAGCUUACUGAAAAAAAAUUUGUUGUACAAAACCAUUACUUGCUUGAGAAUUCUGUUCAGGUGAUUUUAGACAAUUUACAGAUUUAAUUCUGUAUCAAUACACAAAAUGAAAAUACAGGCAUAUUCAUUUCAUUUUUAACAUCAAUAAAAAAAACAC